CCGAGAGCCGGCGAUCGAAGCGGGCAGCUGGCUCCUGAGUCAUGGACUUCCCCUGGCCCCUCCUCUACCACUCCCACUCCCUCGCCGGGCCCCCCCGCAGGGGCUAGCGCUCGCGCGGCGGCUCCGAGGGGGUGGGGCUGCUGGGAAUGGCUGUGCCCCCUUCGGCUCCUCUGCCGUGCUCGCCCUUUUACCUGCGGAGGCAGGCGCCUUGCCCGCAGUGCUCAUGGGGCAUGGAGGAGAAGGCAGCGGCCAGCGCGGGUUGCCGGGAGCCGCCGGGCCCCCCGAGGGCCGCCGCUGUCCCGUGCUUCAGCGUCUGGGUGGACCAGGACGACAUCCUCCCGGGCGCCCUGCGCCUCAUCCAGGAGCUGCGGCCGCAUUGGAAGCCGGAGCAAGUUCAGACCAAGCGCUUCACUGAUGGCAUCACCAACAAGCUGGUGGCCUGCUACGUGGAGGAGGACAUGCAGGACUGCGUGCUGGUCCGGGUGUACGGGGAGCGCACAGAGCUGCUGGUAGACCGAGAGAAUGAGGUCAGGAACUUCCAGCUGCUGCGAGCACAUGGCUGUGCUCCCAAACUCUACUGUACCUUUCAGAAUGGGCUGUGCUACGAGUACAUGCAGGGCGUGGCCCUGGGGCCUGAGCACAUCCAAGAUCCCCGGCUCUUCAGGUUAAUUGCCUUAGAAAUGGCAAAGAUUCACACCAUCCACGCCAAUGGCAGCCUGCCCAAGCCAACCCUGUGGCACAAGAUGCACAGUUAUUUCACGCUGGUGAAGAAUGAGAUCCACCCCAGCCUCUCUGCAGAUGUCCCUAAGUUGGAGGUGUUGGAAUGGGAGCUGGCCUGGCUGAAGGAGCACUUGUCCCAGCUGGAUUCCCCGGUGGUGUUCUGUCACAAUGACCUGCUCUGCAAGAACAUCAUCUAUGAUAGUGCCAAAGGUCACGUGCGGUUCAUCGACUACGAGUACACGGGCUACAACUACCAGGCCUUUGACAUUGGCAACCACUUCAACGAGUUUGCAGGUGUGAAUGAGGUCGACUACAGCAGGUACCCGUCGCGGGAGACCCAGCUGCAGUGGCUGCUCUACUACCUGCAGGCACAGAAGGGGACAGCUGUGACCCCCAGGGAGGUGGAGCGGCUCUAUGUGCAAGUCAACAAAUUUGCCCUGGCAUCUCACUUCUUGUGGGCUCUCUGGGCCCUCAUCCAGAACCAGUACUCCACCAUCAACUUUGAUUUCCUCAGGUACGCAGUGAUCCGAUUCAACCAGUACUUCAAGGUGAAGCCUCAAGUGUCAGCCUUGGAGAUGCCAAAGUGACAGUCUCCCUAUUCCUCCCCUGCCCAUCUGCCUGGCCAGACCUGUUCUCCAGGGCUUGGUUCUGCUCUGGGGUCUGCACCCUUGGACAAGGUGGGAGAGGGGCCAGGUGGGUGUCCAGGAAGAAGGCCACCAGUGGAUGCCACUGAAGACCCCAUUCUCCUGUUUUGAGGGGCUGAUAGGACCCAACUGUGGGGGUCCCCUUCACCUCGCCAGGCUGGGGAGGAAGUGCCUGCACACAGCCAGGACCUGGACCGGAACCACCCUGGGAAGCACACCGUUCCCAGCCCUAGGCCUGCUGGUAUUGGGGCUGCCUUAGAUGUUCUUUGACCCUUCCUGGCGGGGGGAAGGGAGGGCUCCUUUCUACCUCCAGCGCCCUGGCCAGUCCCCCUGCAUGCCCCGCAUGGGAGGUGCUGAGCCCCAAACCGGCAGCAUGCCAAUCUGGCAGAAGGAUGUACCUGUCUUGGGGGUGGAGGGGUGGUCCGCCAGCAGCUGCCUCCUGAAAACCCCCUCCCUUUCUCCACACUGAUUCCCUCCAUCACCCUCCUGAGCCUCAGCUCUCUGUCCCUCUGCAGCCUGCUAGGAGAGGAGAGGAAGCCGGUCACCAGCCCUGGGUCUCAAAGCCUGGCUCUGCUUUGUGCUGUGGCCUGGCCCAAGGGGACCAGGCCAAGGGUGGGGUGGCAGGAAUCAGAAGCAGCCUCCUGCCUUGCUCCCUCCCGUACCCUCCAGGCCUCCCUUCCAAGGAUCUGUCUCUCCACCUCUACCUUCUGUCCUAAAGUCGGCUCCAGGUCUUCCCACCUGGGAGUGACAGGUGGGAAUCAAGGAGCGGAGGGCCAGGGACCUCCCGGCUGGGCAUUUCUGAGCCUGCCCAGACCAGACCUUGAAAGGUGCUGACUGAGCUGGGUGUCCUUGACACUCAACAGCUCCCACCUCCCUCUGUCCUCACAGCUCUGGGGACCCUCCAGGCUCUGGGCUCAUAUAGUGACUCAUUUGUAAAUUAUCGUGGUUUUUCUGCAUUAAAAUGCUCAUUUCUGGA